AUGCAGAGAAAGAACUUCACAGAAGUGGCAGAAUUCAUCUUCCUGGGUUUCUCUGUCUUUGGAACGCACCAGAUAACCCUCUUUGUGGUUUUCCUUACCAUCUCCAUUUUCACUCUGGCUGGGAACAUCAUCAUUGUGACCAUCAUUUGUGUUGAUCUUCACCACCACAUACCCAUGUACUUCUUCCUGAACAUGCUGGCUAGUUCUGAGACCGUGUACACAUUGGUCAUCAUCCCACGAGUGCUUUCUGGUCUUAUUUUUCAUAACCAGCCUAUCUCCUUGUAAGGCUGUGCAACCCAGAUGUUCUUUUCUGUCAUCUUGGCCACUAAUAAUUGCUUCUUGAUCACAUCUAUGGGCUAUGACUGCUAUGUGGCCAACUGCAAGCCCCUGAGGUACACAGUCCUCAUGAACAAAGGAGUGUGUGCUAGGUUAGUCUGUGUGUCCUUUGGCACUGGUCUGGUUAUGGCAGUUCUCCAUAUAAUGGCCAUGUUCCAUUUGCCCUUCUUGCUAAAGCCAAACUCCACUGCUGUGACUGAGUUCCUUUUUGAAGGUUUCCCCAGCUUUGGGUGGUAGCACAGGCUUAGUUUCUUUGUUGUCUUUCUAACUUUGUACCUGCUGAGUCUCUUUGGCAAUGUCAUUAUUGUGAUUGUUAUUCACCUGGACCAUCACCUCUAUACUCCCAUGUACUUUUUCCUGAGCAUGCUGUCCAUCUCUGAGACCUGCUACACUGUGGCCAUCAUUCUCUGUAUGCUUUCUAGCCUCCUGAGUCCUCAUCAUCCCAUUUCUAUCCAAGGCUGUGCCACUCAGCCCUUCUUCUGUCUCACCUUUAGUAUCAAUAACUGCUUCCUGCUCACAGCCAGGGGGUAUGAUUGCUAUGUGGCCAUCUGCAACCCACUACAGUAUUCAGUCAUCAUGGGUAAAGAGUCCUGUAUCCUGGCAUCUGGGUCCCUGGGAAUUGGCCUGGGUAUGGCCAUUGUACAGGUAACAUCUGUUUUUGGCCUGUCUUUCUGUGAUGCCUUUGUCAUCUCUCACUUCUUCUGUGACAUGAGACCCCUGUUGAAGCUGGCCUGCACAGACACCACUGUCAACGAGAUCAUCAACUUUGUUGUCAGUGUUUUUGUCCUUGUUCUACCCAUGGGCCUGGUCUUCAUCUCCUAUGUCCUCAUCAUCUCCACCAUCCUCAAGAUUGCUUCAGCUGAGGGUCAGAAGAAGGCCUUUGACAUCUGUGCCUCCCACCUCACAGUGGUCAUCAUCCACUAUGGCUGUGCCUCCGUCAUUUACCUGAAGCCUAAGUCCCAGAGUUUCCUGGGGCAGGACAGACUCAUCUCAAUGGCCUACACUGUCAUCACUCCUCUGCUGAACCGCAUCGUGUACAGCCUGAGGAACAAGGAGGUCAAAGAUGCUCUGUGCAGAGCCAGGGGCAAAAGCCCCUCUCCUCUUAGUGAGGAGGUCAUUGAAGGCCUUUUCUUUCAUUUUGUAAAUAUGUAUUAAUUUUAAUGCUGUAUCAAUAAUACCUUUAA